AUGGGAAAUGUAAAAAAAAACUGCACCUGGAAAUGGUGUAGUCAGCCAGUACAUAGCCAAAUGCCUUGGGGUAACAUUUUGUCAUCGGCUGCAAUAAUUGUUUCUGGAUUGUCUCCUCUAAAAGUAUUAAGAUUUUUCAAUUUUCUCAACAUACCCAUUUAUAGCAUUCGUCAUUUCCAUAACUACCAAAGGUUAUAUAUACAACCAGUAGUUAGGAAUUUUUGGGAGAAGGCAAAAUCAUCGAUUAUGGCAAAAGUUAAGGGACGCCAAGAACCUAUUGUUCUUGCAGGAGAUGCAAGAUGUGAUUCCCCAGGGCAUUGUGCUAAGUAUGGCAGUUACACAUGCAUCGACAUAAAAACUGGUUACAUAUUAGACUUUCAGCUUAUUCAAUCUAAUGAAGUUAAGGGCUCUAACCACAUGGAACUGGAGGGGUUAAAACGUUGUUUGACCUACUUGUCUUCUUUUAAUUUAUGUAUAUCAGAAAUUGUGAGUGAUAGACAUGUGCAGAUUAGAAAGUUUUUAAGAGUAGAAAAGCCAUCAAUAAAACACACUUUUGACGUUUGGCAUAUAUCCAAAAGUAUUAAAAAAAAGCUUAUUAAACUGAGUAAUCAGAAAGGCUGUUCAGUCAUAGAGGACUGGAUUAAAUCUAUUACCAAUAUGGUAUAUUGGAUAGCUAGUAGCUGUAAUUCAAAUGAAAAGGAAAUGGAGUCAAAAUGGCUAAGUAUACAAAAUCACAUCAUUAAUAUCCAUGAACACGAAAAUGACAUUUUCCCAAAAUGUUUGCAUGAAUCUAUUGAUGCGCAGGAUAAGACAAAAAAAUGGAUCAAACCUCAAAGUAAAGCCCAUGUAAAUUUACAGACGUUUUUCAAUAAUAAAAAAUUAAUUAAUGAUAUUUCCAAACUUUCAACACACCGUACAAGUUCCUUAGAAGCUUUUCACAGUCUUAUAUUGCAUUUUGCUCCCAAAAAUACUCACUUUUGGUAUGAAGGAAUGUUUUGCAGACUUGCUGUUGCUGCACUUCAUUUUAAUGAAAAUAAUAAUAGAGUUCAGGCAAAAACAUUAGAUGGUACAGAAAGAUUUAGUCUUCAUUACAGAAAACAAAAUAAAGAUCAUGUGAGUGUAAAUCCUAUAUUAGAAGAUGCUACGUUCAAUUACGCUGAAGAUUUGCUUUCUUAUCUAGUUGAGUAUAGAAUAACCAACCCUUCCUUAAACAAAGCUAAUUACAGGCUUGAGUCACAAAAUAAUAAAACACCAGCUCCUUUAACUUACAAUGAUCCAAGAGUACUUCCAAGAUCUGAAGCAGUUAGCGCAAAGAAAAGCAGAUAUCAAUGA